AUUGCUGGUGGUUGCUGACUCCCUUAGAAAAUUAUAACAUUUAGUAGAAUAUUGAGCAUUGCUCAAAACGGUACUCUUCGUGCGCCAAUCGUCUGCCUUUCGUUCUUUUUUUUUUUUUGAAUUUUUCCUUACAGUCCCUUUGUAUUUGUACUGAGUUCGAAGGAAGAAAAAAAUUAAAUUGAACGGGAACGAUCGAGAAACGUGACGUGUGUGAAUUGUUGAUUGACUGGAUUUGGAUUUGGGUUAUUUCUAUAAAGAGAUAAGCACGUGGGCUGAAAUAAAUAAAAGAAAGCAAAUCUGUUAAAGAAUUUACAAAAAGUGUGUGAUUUAUUUUGUAAAAACAAAAAUUCUUUGGAAUCUUCAAAAAGGACCAAGUCAUAUUAGUGUACAUUAUGCCUGUCGGGGGUAAACAAGUUUUGGUUAUUGGUAGCGGUGGCCGUGAACAUGCCAUUUGUUGGAAAUUAUCCCAGAGUCCCUUGGUUGCCAAGAUCUAUGCCCUGCCUGGUAGUUUUGGUAUUGAUAGCCUGGAUAUUUGUCAAAAUCUUGAAGGUGUAGAUGCCAAGGAUUUUAAGGCCAUCGCCAAAUGGUGCAAGGAUAACAAAAUCGACUUGGUUAUAGUGGGUCCCGAAGAUCCCUUGGCCAUGGGUUUGGGAGAUGUGCUGCAAAGUGCCGGUAUUGCUUGCUUUGGCCCCGGUCUAAAGGGUGCUCAAAUUGAGGCCGAUAAGAAAUGGGCAAAGGAUUUUAUGUUGAGACACAAUAUACCAACUGCAAGAUAUGAAUCCUUUACUGAUUGUGACAAGGCAAAGGAAUUUAUCAAGAAAGCUCCUUACAAAGCUUUAGUGGUUAAGGCUGCUGGUUUGGCCGCUGGCAAAGGUGUUGUGGUAGCACCCAAUAUACAAACAGCCUGUCAAGCUGUGGAUGAAAUUUUAGGUGAUAAAAAGUAUGGCUCUGCAGGAGAGACUUUGGUGGUUGAAGAGUUACUAACAGGUGAAGAAGUAUCAGUAUUGGCCUUUGUGGAUAAUCAUUGUGUACAGCCUAUGUUACCUGCCCAGGAUCACAAGAGAUUAAAGGAAAAAGAUCAGGGACCCAAUACGGGAGGCAUGGGAGCUUAUUGUCCUUGUCCCUUAAUAUCGGAACAAGAUUUGGAAAUGGUAAAGCGGGAUGUACUGCAAAAAGCCGUUGAUGGUUUACGUGCCGAAGGUAUUGAUUACAAAGGUGUGCUAUAUGCUGGCAUGAUGUUGACACCUCAGGGUCCCAGGGUCUUAGAAUUCAAUUGCCGUUUUGGUGAUCCCGAGACUCAGGUCAUAUUGCCCAUGUUGGAUUCGGAUUUGUAUGAAGUGAUGGCUGCUUGUUGCAGUAAUCAAUUGAAGAAUGUUUCUUUGAAAUGGAAAACGGGACUACAUGCAGUGGGAGUGGUCAUGGCCAGUGCUGGCUAUCCAGAAACCUCGACCAAAGGCUGCGUUAUAAAGGGUAUUCCCACCAACACUGGCGAUCAGAUUGUUUUCCACAGCGGUGUGGGAGUCAAUGCCUCAGGCGAAUUUGUUACCAAUGGCGGUCGUGUUCUUAUCGCUGUUACUUUGCGUAAAAAUCUGAAGCAAGCAGCUCAACAUUCUACCAAAAUAUGUCAGAAUAUAACAUUUGCUGGAGCUGGAGCUCAAUAUCGCACCGAUAUAGCCGAAAAGGCUUUCAAACACCAAAGGGGUUAUUCUCUGCCUUCGUUGUCCUAUAAGGAUAGUGGUGUUGACAUAGACGCUGGCGAUGAUCUGGUGCAACGCAUUAAGCCUUUGUCCCGAGGCACUCAAAGGCCAGGUGUUAUUGGUGGCUUAGGUGGUUUCGGUGGACUAUUUCGUUUGAAUGAGUUGAGUUAUCAAAAUCCUGUUGUCUGUGAGGCCACCAAUGGUGUGGGCUCAAAAAUUCAAUUGGCCCUUACUCUGGGCACCUAUGAGAAUUUGGGCUAUGACUUAUUUGCCAUGUGUGCCAACGAUCUCUUGGAAUCUGGUGCUGAACCGGUGGCAUUUUUGGAUUAUAUAGCCUGUGGCAAGCUCCAAGUGCCUUUGGCUGCUCAAAUUGUCAAGGGCAUAUCGGAAGGUUGCAGGGAUGCCAAAUGUGCCUUAGUAGGUGGUGAAACCGCUGAAAUGCCUUCUGUAUAUGAGGUGGGCAAAUAUGACAUUGCUGGCUAUUGUGUAGGCAUAGUGGAAAAGGGUUUGGAAUUGCCCCGCUAUGAUCUCUAUGAGGAAGGAGAUCUUUUGGUUUCCUUGCCCUCCUCGGGCCUGCAUUGUGGUGGUUUCAAUGCUCUGCUAACCAGUUUUAAGAAUCAUGGCGUUGACAUGCUACGGAAGUCCGAGUUUGGAGAUACUCAAAAGACUUUGGGUGAAAACUUGGCCACUCCCUCUCGGGUCUAUGUUCUGGAUGUUUUACAAAUGCUGCGCUCCAAGGAAGUCAAAGCUGUGGCCCAUAUCACCUCGGGUUUGGUGCCGGGUGUAGCUCGGCUUUUGCCCUCCAAGUAUGAGACCGCUUUGGACUUUGGAGAUCUUCAAGUUCCUGAGCUCUAUGGCUGGUUGGCUGGUAAAUUGAAACUCUCCCCCGAUACCCUUCUGCAAAAUUUAAAUUGUGGCAUUGGCUUGGUUAUGGUCGUCUCAAAAACCUGCACCAGCUGGAAGAGUGUUAAGGGAGCUAAAGUAUUGGGUGUGGUAAAGCGUCGUCUGGCCAAUCAUCCCCAAAAGUCUCAAGUAGAUGUCAAGAAUUUUGUGGAAGCUUUGGGAAAACAUAAAACCAGAUUUGGUGCCAUGGGCGAAGGGGUUCUCUACGAGCCUAAUCAUCAUGAGCUGCAGGCUUCCUUGAUAGUUUCCGCAGAAGCCAGAGAUGAGUCGUAUGUUGCACAAAAUGGUCGCCGCAUGACCGAGGUACCCAGAACUUUUAAGGAUCCCAUAUUGAUUAUGGGCACUGAUGGUGUGGGCACCAAGAUAAAGAUAGCACAACAAACGGGACGCAAUUCUACAGUGGGCAUUGAUUUGGUGGCCAUGUGUGUCAAUGAUAUAUUAUGUAAUGGUGCAGAACCUUUUACCUUUGCCAGCUAUUAUGCCUGUGGACAAUUGGAUGAGGAGAUGGCUGAGGAAAUUGUAGAUGGUGUCAUGGAGGGUUCUCGUCAAGCUGGAGCCAGUUUAGUGGAAUCCCACAUUGCCGAGGUGCCUCUGCUCUACAAACCCAAGGUCUAUGAUUUGGCUGGCUUCUCAACAGGCAUAGCCGAGUAUGAACGCAUUUUACCCUAUACCGAUCAAAUUCAACCAGGCGAUGUUCUCAUUGGCUUGCCAUCGUCUGGAGUACAUAGCAAUGGCUUCAGCUUAGUGCAUGCUGUUAUGAAAAUGGCUGGUGUGGGCUUUGAAGAUCAUACGCCUUUCAGCAAUUUGACAUUUGGCGAAGAGUUCCUUAGGCCCACCAGAAUUUAUGUUAAAGCCUUAAUGACACUCAUACAACAGGGUUUGGUAAAGGCCAUGGCCCACAUCACCGGCGGCGGUCUAACAGAAAAUAUUCCCCGCGUUUUACGCAAAGAUUUGGCCGUUCAACUCAAUGCCCAGAACUUUAAUAUUCCUCCAGUGUUUGCCUGGUUGGCCAAGGAGGGUAAUGUUAGACCCGAAGAAAUGCAAAGAACAUAUAACUGUGGUUUGGGCAUGAUCCUAGUGGUGGAUCCCAAAAAUGAGCGUAAAGUCAUGGAACUUGUACAGUACACAGAAAGGGCUACCAAAGUGGGUGUUGUUAAGCAAAGGGAUACUCCCAAGUCGCCGCAAGUUAUAGUAGAUAAUUUUGAAAAAUGCCUUGAUAGAACCAAAAAGGUUAUAUAUGAACCCAGAAAGCGUGUAGCAGUUUUGAUAUCUGGUUCCGGCACCAAUUUGCAAGCCCUUAUAGAAGCCACCCGGGAUUCAUCACAAGGUUUGCAUUCCGACAUUGUUUUGGUUAUAUCCAAUAAACCCGGAGUCAAAGGUAUUGAACGUGCCAGGGAGGCAGAAAUACCCUGCAUUGUAGUAAACCACAAAGAUUUCCAUACCAGAGAAGAUUUUGAUGCUGAAAUGACCAAACAUUUGCUGCAAAUGAAUGUGGAUAUAGUGUGUUUGGCUGGUUUUAUGCGGGUCCUGAGUGAUCCAUUUGUCAAGCAAUGGAGGGGCAAGCUAUUGAAUAUACAUCCCUCGCUGCUGCCCAAACAUCCGGGUUUGCAUGUUCAAAGGAAAGCCAUAGAAGCUGGAGAUCAAGAGUCCGGCUGCACAGUUCAUUAUGUUGACGAGGGUGUUGAUACCGGUGCCAUUGUAGUACAGGCUUCUGUGCCCAUUUUGGCUGGCGAUACUGAGGAAACACUAACUAAUCGUAUACAUUAUGCCGAAUACUAUGCCUUCCCCAAGGCAUUGCGUAUGGUGGCCACAGGUUUGGCAUAUCUAAACAAGGAAGGGAAAACAGUUUUCGUCUAAGGCCCUACUUAAAGGACAAACAAAAGAUACAUAUGUUAAUUUACAAUAGUUUAAGUCAAGACAAUUAUUUUUGUAUGAAAAUAAAGUUAAAUAUUUAAUAUUGAACUAAUUAAGUAAA